AUGGCAACAGGUCCACAGAGAAUGAACAAUGGGAUAGUGGUCUUUAUUCCUCCAAAUGGAGAUAAUGUAAUCCCAACAGGCCAAGGUUUCCCUGUCACUGCCAUUUCAGCACCAGGUACAGUACAAGACCCUCAAUUUGCAAAUCAGCCACUUGGAAACAACCAGUUCCAGCAAAAUCGGCCUCUGGGAACAUUGGAAAAAUUCCUAAAAGUUGAGGCCAAGACUCUGGCAGCUAUCCAGAUUGUGAUUGGAUUCAUCCACAUUGGCUUUGGGGCGGUCUCAGCUAUGGUUCUCUAUCCCUAUAGCAACUUGUCUACUCUUGGAGGUUAUCCAUUCUGGGGUGGAUUGUUUUUCAUUGCUUCUGGAGCCAUUUCUGUGUAUACUGCAAAGAAAUUGAACAAGAAUUUGGUAAAGUGUAAUAUGGGAAUGAAUCUUACCAGCGCUAUCAUGGCAUCAAUUGGAAUGGUUCUGUUUAUAGUUCAGCUGACUAUAAAUUCUACUCAUUAUUAUGGUCAAGAUUCUUUACAUGCUGUAGGUACUGGUCUCUGUGUCAUGCUCUUCCUGUUUACCUUGCUGGAGUUCUGCUUUGCUGCUUCAGAAGCACAUCUCAGAUGUGAGGAAACCUAUAAUACGUAUGAUAGGACAAUGGCUUUUGUGCCCUACUCUAUAAUUGAGAAUAAUGUGACUCCCAGUCCACCAGCAUAUGAUCAGGUGGUGCUUUCUCCCAAUGGAGAAGUUCCAAGUCAAGAAGCUUCGUAAACUACACAGGAGAGGAAUGAAGGAUACCCCCACAAACAACCACAUCAGUUUAGAGCUCACAAUUCAACUACGGUGUCUG